AUGGUUCCUAAAAUAAAGAAGAGCGUCUCGCACGCCAACGAGGUCCAGAUCGCUCAGGCUGAAGCACCACAGCUCGAAAGAGUCAACUGGUUCCGGGAUCCUGGCUUGAGGAAGCUUUACUUCUAUGCCGCCAUCAUCUGUGUGGCUUCCGCGACCACGGGCUACGAUGGAUCUAUGUUGAACAACAUCCGUAUUCUGGAUCAAUGGAAAGACUACUUCGACAACCCCCAAGGGUCCAACCUGGGCCUCUUGACUGCGCUGUACAGUAUUGGCUCCAUUGCGAGCUUGCCGGUCGUACCAUUCGUCGCUGACCACUUUGGUCGAAAGGUGGCCAUCGUCGUCGGCUGCGUUCUCAUGAUCAUCGCCGCCGCCGUCCAGGGCUCCUCGCAGAACCUCGCCAUGUUCAAGGGCGGGCGGUUCCUGAUGGGUUUCGGCAACAGCAUGGCCCAACUGUCGUCGCCCCUGCUGCUGACCGAACUGUGCCACCCUCAGCACCGCGGGCGGAUCACGGCCAUCUACAACUGCCUGUGGAACCUGGGAUCCAUCAUCAACACCUGGUUGUCGUUCGGCACCAAGCACAUCCCGACCGAAUGGUCGUGGCGGAUUCCCACCAUCGUCCAGGGUGCCCCAUCCAUCGUACAGAUCAUCUUCAUCUGGUGGAUCCCGGAGUCACCGCGGUGGCUGAUAUCUCGCGACCGGUCCGACGAGGCGCUUGCCAUCCUCUCCAAGUACCACGCCAACGGCAACGAGCUGCACCCGACGGUGCAAUUCGAAUACGCCGAGAUCAAGGAGACGCUGCGGCUCGAGUUCAUCGCCAAGAAAUCGUCCAGCUACCUGGACUUCCUCAAGUCGCGCGGCAACCGCUACCGGCUGCUGCUGAUUGCGUCGCUGGGCUUGUUCUCGCAGUGGUCCGGCAACGGCCUGGUGUCGUACUAUGCCACCGACAUCUACAACUCGAUCGGCAUUACCAGCUCCGACACCCAGCUGGGGCUCAACGGCGGUCUGGCCAUAAUGUCGCUGAUUGUGUCGUGCACAUGCGCCCUGCUCUGCGACAAGGUCGGUCGACGUCCGCUGUUCCUGGCCGCCACGGCGGGUAUGCUCGUGUGCUUCACCAUCUGGACCAUCUGCUCCGCCAUCUACCAGGAUGACCACAACAAGGGCGCGGGCCAGGCCGUUGUGGCCUUUAUCUGGAUCUUCAACUUCUCCUACGCCCUCGCUUGGUCGGGCCUGCUGGUCGCCUACACGGUCGAGAUUCUGCCGUUCAAGAUCCGCGCCAAGGGCCUCAUGGUCAUGAACUUCUGGGUCCAGGUCGCGCUGGUCAUCAACCAGUAUGUCAACCCGUUGGGCUUUGACCAUCUGAAGCCCAACUGGAAGCUGUAUACCAUCUACACCUGCUGGAUCGCCCUGGAACUCGUGUUCGUGUACUUCCUGUACGUCGAGACCAAGGGCCCCACGCUCGAGGAGAUCGCCAAGAUCUUCGACGGCGAGGACGCCGAGGUCGGCCUCGUCGACGUCGACAUCGACCCGAAACUCGCCGCCCUGGCCUCGGGCUCCGAGAAGAUCGACGCCGCCGCUGUCGUCGAGCAUCGCAACGUGGUAUAG